AUGUAAUCUUCAAAUAAGAGAUUAUCUAAUGAUAUAACAAAACCUAAUAUUGAUUAGUUUAAAUAGAUAUUAGGAAUAAUCAAAAUAAGACCUAGUUCUGCAAAGCUUCAACAUACAAUAAAAUAAUAACCAUUAGCUUUAAGAAAAGCAACCUUUUCUGGAGUUAUGAAAAAUAGAUUGAAAAAUGAUAUUAAUAAUGUUGAAUAAUAAUUGCCUGUAUCAAACUUAGAAAAGAAUAUAUAGUAUUCAUCUCAAGCAUCCCUAACUUUAAAAUAGAAUUAAUAGUAAUUACAAUAAAAUGUAAGAAUUAAUUAGACAAACAUAAAUAAAACUCAUAAAAAGUAUUAAAAACCUCCAUUACCUCUUUUUGAUAAAGAUAUUAUUAUUAAAAAAUAAGAAUUAUUAUUGAAUUCUGAGAACUGUGCAAUGACAGGAGAAACAAAGUCAAAAAAUAAUAAUAGCUAAUAAAAAAUAUAAAGGGCUGGCGCAAAUAUUAAUAAAUUUACAUAGUAUUAUGUAGGUGAUUAACAAGAAUAAAGAUAAUCAUCUUUAAAUGUAAUUAUUAAAAUAUAGCAAGACAAGAAGAUAGAAAUCAAAAAAGAUAUAUAAAUCACCUAAAAUAUUACCUCUAAUUUUCAUUAAUAAUAAUAAAUUAUUUAACCUGGUAGAAUUAUAAAACAAAAUUACAAUCCUGAGAUUAAUAACUUACCUAUAUUAGUAAAUAACAAAGAACCAUUAUGUUAUACUGAUUUUAGUAUGGCUUCUAGACCUUAAGAAUUGCCAAUAGCAUUUGCUUUAAUUAAAAAGGAAAUCUAAUAAGCCUCUCUAUACGCCAAGUAAUUUGGUUAACAAAUUUAAGUAAAUUACAUAAAUAGUAUUUCUCUAAAAUUUCGUAUUUUAUAGUUAUUCCAGAGUAAAAAGAUGAAGGCCUUUUAUAAGUUCCUAAGGGUAAUCUCAAAAAGUUUAAAUGA